AUUAUUAUUAGUUAAAGCCCCCCUCCACUCAGAAAUGUGUUUUGUUGGAUGUUCUUUGACACUUAGCAUAUCUUAAAAUCUGCACCUCCCUACCUUUCCAACCAUUUUAAUCCAUUAAAAAACAACCACUCCCUCAACACUAGAAGCAGUCUAACAAAUAUUCCUAUGAGAUUUAAAACAUGUUUUGGGAAAAAUACAUUAUUAUACACAGCUUCAUGUCAUUGGAACAAGCUGCCUCUCUCACUUAAGCUAAACCCAGUUGUGAGGAGUUUUAAAUCAGGUCUCAAUCAUUUUUAGAUGUACAAUUGCUUCAUGUUUUACUGUGUUUGGGUUUUUUAAGUCUAAUGUCAUUCUUGUUUGGCACUUAUUCAAUCUGCCAUCUUGUGCUGCAAUAGAGGAUCACAAUGGAAAUAAGCCUUACUGCUUUUUUUGUGUAUUUUAGUCCUCAACAAUUUUAAAAAUCUUACUUGGAGUCUGUCUUUGUGAUCAGCCUGUCAUUUAUGUGUAUACAUCUAUUGAGAGUGAAAUUUUACUAACAUGCAGCAUCUAGUUGAGUCUGGAAAUAAUGUGAGAAAGCUGUACAACCCACACACUGUAAAGGUUUGGAUCUAUUAUUUUGUUUCUUUUAUUGCAUCUUUACAAUAAAACUAACUUUACUUUUUUAUUUUAAAAGCCCCAGACUAAUAAUUUUGAUUGUUGUGUCCAGUAUUGCUCAUUUACCAACCUGUAAACUCCGUUGUCUUCUCCCGCCAUGUCUUGCAUAUAAAUGUGUGUGUGCGCCUCCCGAGUAAAAUCAAGUCCCACCCAGACAGAAACUGCUUGCUCUGGCGGAAGGUUGUAUCUUUCUGUGCAGCUCUGUGACUUGAUUGAAGGAUAAGUUCAUCUCUUAUAUAUUUAAUUUAUCACUGCUUCGACAAGAAAGCGUUUGGAUAGAAUAGACAGACGAAAACAUUGAUGUGUGUUUAUUUAUUUCGCAACUUCUAAUGAGCGCGUAAACGUUUUGGAAAGACUGGAUCAAGACUAAAAAAAAAUUCGGCGUUACGCAUGAGUUAAAUCUUCACCUGUACAGGAUGAGGGUAACUUUUGGCUGUCUGGUGAUCGCAGCCGGUAUCUGCGGUGCUCUAAGCUUCGCCUUUUUGGCUGCUUCCCUCGGAACCGAGUACUGGUACAUCAUAGAGAUGAAUCCAGUCAACAUGAGCGACUUUGAGGACAUGAGCUCCCACUCGGGACUGUGGAGCAUCAACGAAGGUGGGAAGAUGUACGCAGACUCCAUCGACUCUUUCACAGCUGACUACUCCAGAUACUCCGAGACUGAGCUGCGUAUGCUUAACAUGCACAGUGCCAUAGUGGUUGUUCUUCCCCUCAGCCUGGUCCUCUUGUUGUUUGGAGGCAUCUGCGGAUUGGUCAGCUCCUUGGCUCGGAGCCCUGUCCUCCUCACUGGCACGGCCUCAUACUUCUUCAUCUGCAGUCUGCUGACCCUGUGUGGCGUGAGCCUCUACAUCAUCUACUCAUACCAGGCCCUUGCUGAGACAGAGAGGCUGGUCGGGCCAGAGGGUCUGGCCUAUAUCCACACCUCCUUCGGCUGGUCUCUGGGUCUGGCCUGGCUCUCUUACGGCCUGGAGCUCCUCAGUGGUAUACUGCUGCUCAUAGCAGCACGUAUGGCCAAGCUGCAGCACAACAGUCCCACCAUGGCCUGACAGAAGCCUCCACAGCGGAUGCAACACAUUCAGGAUGGAGACUGAACUGAACUGAAUUGUAUGUGAACGCAGGACAAAGAACAGUCAGAUACGUUACUGCCUGAGAAUAAGGUAACACACAACAGCUGGACUGUCUUAAGGCUUUGACAAAGGUUGAACUAAAGAUGUUUUGGACUGUUUAAAAGUGAUUUAUAAGUUUAAUGUCCUUGAAUUUACUUCAGAUUGGAGAUUUACUUCUGGUGAUUUACAAUAAGAGAAAGCUUUAAUUGUGCAGUGGUGGAGUUAAAGCUGACCAAUUGCGCCACCUUGUGGUGAGAAUUGGACUGGUUCGUCAUAUCCACUGUAUGCAUUUGACCAUGCUGAUUGUGAUACUGUUGUAAUGUAAUUUGUGCCAAACUAAACUGAUGAUCUUACAAUUUAAGAUCCUUUUGUCUCACUUUAAAUCUAUAGAUACAUUUUCAUUCUCACAGUAUAUCAUGCAGAUUCAUUUAAUGUAAACUGUAUCUGUUUGUUCUGAAUGUUUACAGUGACCACGCCUGAAAGUGUUGCAUACAUCCUUUUGCAUGUCACAUGUUUUUCUACUGAUAGUGUCCAAUAAAUGUCUGAGAUCAAAUGUCAGAAUGUGUUAAAAGCCUGUAACUGAACAUCUCUCCAAAACUGCUGUCAAUUUUUUUAAUUUUAUUUUAGGUAGGAGAAAUUACAGAGCAUCAGACACUGUUUUUCUUGGUAACCUUAACUGAGAAAGUUAGAUAGUCCUGUCAUAUGGUUCUCGUGUCAUUUUGAUCUAAACUAUAUACACACCUACAGCGCAGAUGUUGAUGUGGUGCUUAUGAGCUUUAAUCUUGCCUCUAGUGUUUGCAUCCAACAAGACUUCAUAUCAUGAAGUGUAAUCAGGUCUGGGCAUGUCUUCAAUUCUGUGAUCAUAAGCCAAAACAUUCAAUAAGUCCUUGUGUUACACAUU